CCAUCUCGCCAACAAAACGCUCCUGCAGCGCAAUGCUUCUCCCGGUCCUGGUGCUCGCCGCUGCCGCAGCGGCAGUGCGCGCACUCGACCCCGACUCCGACACCGUCGCAGACGACCGGCGCUGGGCGCCCGAGCCGAUCCUGUACGACCGUAACGACCGACCAGGGUACGCCGUGACCUCGCCGAACGGGUGGCAUCCAGCCGCGUUCAAGGCGGAGUACUACGACUACGAGUACACGCUCUCCGGGCCGAACAUUGUCCACCUCGCCGGGCUGGACGUCACGCUCCGCCUGCCCGCCGACGCGCCGGAGAUGCUCGUGCUCCACCUCAACCGCGAGGGCGAGGGCUUCCCCCGCGCCUUCAUCUACGUGCACGCCAACGAUACGUUCAACCCCAACAUGCAGCAGCUGGUCAAGAACCUCUGGCCGGGCUCGUACAGCGUCUCGUUCAAGCCGCACAACCUCGGCACCGACUUCUACCCCCCGGGCAAGGACUACUUCCUUACGCUGCACAACACGUCGUACCACGGCGCGGUCCUCGCAACGUCGGAGCGCUUCGACAUCCGGUACGACCCCGCCGCGUUCACGGGCUGGACGUACGCGUGGUUCGUCGCCGCCGUCGCUGCCGCCGUGGCGGUGCUCGUGUCCGUCCCGUGGUUGACGUUACUCGGCGGCCUGCUGCGCAUUUUCAGGCAACUCGUCAUGGCGGUAGCACAGCGUCUGGUCAAACCCUGGCAGCUGCUCCGGCACCUGCUGGCGCGGGUCCUCGCCAAACCCUGGCUCCUGCUCCGCUCGCUCGGGCAGUCGUUCUGCCAGUGUCUCGCGCUUGCCCGCCCCAGGCGGUCGACGUGCCGAUGCGAGAACUGUGGCUGCGAGAGUCAGGCCAAGCAGGCGGCGGCAUGAGCCAAGCAGGACUAGCCGGAAAAUGCUCUAUGCGUGUGCUGCCUUGUGGUUGCUCUUGCGAGCGAGCUCUAGAGAUCGAGACCCCACCAUGCAAGUGAGCGGAUGACCUGGCGGCCCCGGUGCGGCGCCUGCACAUGUCGAUCCCCAGCCAUCUUGCCCAAGUGACUGCUGUUGUACUUUAGUUUCCCCAUGUCAUCGACCUGC